AUGCCGAGAAACCAAGACGGACAAAUAUAUUAUCGGCUCAAGGGAGAACAAAUGCUGAACUUCGGGUCACUUGUCCCCGACGGCUAUUACUUCAAAUUUGGGCGGACGACGGGAAUCACUGUUGGCAAGUGUUGCAGCUUGCAAGUUUGUGUGAACUGGGCAAUGACCUCAAACGUGCGAUGGGAUGAGGAGAAAAAGGUGGUCGACAUGAACACCGUCCAGGUAGAGGGAUGA